AUGAGUGCAGAAGGUAGGAAGAAGUGUGGUCAUUCUCCCACCUCUGGGGACAGGAAAUCUAAGAAAAAGCCAAAGAGAAAGGAAACCUAUUCAGUCUAUAUCUACAAGGUACUGAAGCAGGUGCACCCAGACACCGGCAUCUCCUCUAAGGCCAUGAGCAUCAUGAACUCUUUUGUCAACGACAUCUUCGAGAGGCUGGCCUCUGAGGCCUCCCGCCUGGCCCAGUACAACCACCGCUCCACCAUCACCAGCCGGGAAGUGCAGACAGCCGUGCGGCUGCUGUUGCCUGGAGAGCUGGCCAAGCACGCCGUUUCCGAGGGUACCAAGGCUGUCACCAAAUACACCAGCAGCAAGUGA